ACACUGUUUCUUCAUUUAACAAGUAUUUAUGGUGCUAAGCUCUGUGCUGGGGACUAGGUGUGGGGUGAAGAACAAAGUCACGUGGUACCUCCCCUGGUCCUGUGGGAAACAGACUUCAAAUAAUUCAGCAAAUCAGUAACUCUGGGAUGACACAUCGUGAUAUGUGCUAUGAAACCUAUUGCAGAGACGCAUCGUACGCUGUCAGUGGAAACAUGGGGCCAACUCGUGUCUGCCCACAGCUGCUGGCAUUCGCAUCCCUGGGCACUGAGGUCUGAAACUCGACCCUGGCAGGAGCCAGCCCUACCCCCUUGGAGGAAAUGGCUGAACAGCCUGAGCAACAGCAGAUGAAAACUUCCUUCCUCUCCAUCCAGCUGCAGGCCCCCCCUGCCCGCGCUCCCCCCUCCCUGUCUGCAGCCUUGGCAGCCUGGACAGCAGCCCCAGGGGGCCCGGAGGAGGGACACAUUUUCCCAAGUCCCAGGACUGGCUUCUUGGCAGGCCGGGACCUCAGGCGCACACAGGGCUUGGCUGCUCCCCCCUCGCGCCUGCCGCAGAAGGGGGGCUCUGGGACAGAGGAACCAGCUGCUUUCAGUUGCUCUGCUCUGAAGGAGGAGGAGAGAGAGGAAAAACCCCGGGACCUGCAUGUAAGGAGGGGUCGCGUGUGCAGAUCCCCACGUCACAGGCCUUCCCUGGCCCCUGCCUCCAGGAAAUUUGGACGACGACAGCCCCUGUCAUGCAGCCUUCCUAGCCCAGCUCCUGUAAUGAGCGAUGAAAGGAGCAAUCCCUCCAUGGGCUGGGAGCACUGGGCAGCCACCACUGCCCCCCAGGACCUGCGGAGCACGGACCCUCGGUCUUGGGAUGCCUGGGGAUGUUCAAUUCCACAGUCCAACCUGGCUCACACUACUGACAGGGGUGAGAGCGCUAUGCUGAGGAGAACGGUCGCCACCUGCCAGGUGUUCCCAAACAGCUGUGAAGAGGGAGCCGGGAGCACAGCACGAGCUAGGAGAGCAAGGCUCUGCAGAUACUGUCCACGCAUUCAGGCCAGCAAGAGCUACCCGGCCCCGCCUGCCGCUCUGCCUCUCAAGGCAGAGACAUUUGUUUGGGUUAACAGUCCAUCAGCGCAUUCCCAGAGUGUUGCCAAGGCCAAAUACGAGUUCUUAUUUGGCAGAUCUGAAGAGAAACCUCCAGAUACUAGAUUUGAAGACAUGCUCUCUCUUCAGAUUUCAGCAAGCCAAAUUCUCAUAGUGCUGCUUUAUGAAGGUGAUCAUGGAGGAAGCACUUUACUCCCACCGAAUGUCACAAAUGAAUUUCCAGAAUAUGGGACCAUGGAGGAAAGUGGAGAAGGCCUAAGAACUUCUCUUGGGUUUGAUACAGAGUCUCUGCCAGGCGGCCCACAAGGGCAGCAGGGGGUCCAGUUUCUUGAUGGCCACCACUCUGAGCCUCACAGUGUUACAGAAGGACCAAAAGAUGUCAGAGAGUCCGUCUCUCAAAGUCACCUCAAGGAACAAAGUUUACAACCUAUUGACUCUUUGAUUUCAACUCUGAAAGCCACAGAAGCCAGAAUAGCUUCAGGAACAUUACAGGCUACAAAGGUACUGGACAAAGAUGCUAUUUCUAGCUUUUCAGUUCCGCGGGUGGAGAAGGAGUCGGACACUGCCCCUCAUAAAACAAAGAGACAGAGAGCCAACAAAUUAUUUCCUACUGGCCAAGAAAAAGGACCAGCUACACCUCUUUCAGCUGAAGCUACGACUGAGGAGAAUUCUCAUUUGAGCAUCCAGAAGGAUCGGACUGUGCUGUUAACUGGAGAAGCUCAGGCAGAGCUUUCCAAGAUAACCGAUAAUGGUACAAAGGGGGCUCUUUAUGUGCGGGAGCCAGCUUGUUCAGGGUCCUCCCUGGGGAGCCCAGCAGCGACCCAUACGUCUGUGGGCAGUGUUGGUUUUUUGAGGGAGAGAAGGUCCGAUCAAGGUAGCUCCACAGGACGCCCCAGCCGGGUCAAACACGUGGAAUUUCAAGGGGUGGAAAUAUUGUGGACAGGAGGGGAGAAAAGAGAGACACGGCACCCUGUGGAUUUUGAGGUCCCAUUGGAAAGGACGACCUCUCCUGAAAGCAGAGAGUUUUCCAAACUGUCAAGCCAUCUCAUCUCAUCUGCCGGUGUGUAUAAUUCAGUUGGUUUAACUGAGAACGUUUGGGAUGAAACCUGGAGCGCUUCAUCAGAGAAGCCAGGCACUAGCUCAGGGACGUUUUCCCCUCUGCCUCUUGUUGACAGUGGAGAGGAUGAAGUCUUCCUCAAGGAAAACAAAGGACAUCCUGAGAAGAAACCGGAACUGGAGAGAGAGAAGGAAAGGAUUCUUGAGCAAGAGGAGAACUUUAGGGGAGGAGAUGAUGAUGUCCUUGGGCCUGGGUAUGCAGAGGACUCCACUGAUGUAUACAGCUCCCAGUUUGAAACCAUUUUGGACAACACUUCCCUAUACUACAGUGCUGAGUCCUUGGAAACGUUAUAUUCAGAACCCGAUAGCUACUUUAGCUUUGAAAUGCCCCUCACUCCAAUGAUACAGCAGCGCAUUAAAGAAGGCAGUCAGUUCCUGGAGAGGACAUCGGUGGCAGGACAGCCAGACGUCCUGAGCAUCUCAGCAGAUGGUGGAAUAGUGAUGGGCUAUUCUGGUGGGAUCACCAACGGGCUGAAUGACACCAGUGACUCCGUCUACAUGAAAGGCACACCAGAGAUUGCUUUCUGGGGAAGCAAUGUUGGGGUAAAAACAACACUACUAGAGGCUCAUUCUGAGAUGGGGAGCACUGAAAUUCUGGAAAAGGAGACCUCAGAAAGUCUCAGUAAUGGUACCAGCAGCAACGUAGAAGCAGCCAAAAGAUUGGCCAAACGUCUUUAUCAGCUAGACAGAUUCAAAAGAUCGGAUGUUGCAAAGCACCUAGGCAAGAACAAUGAAUUUAGCAAACUAGUUGCAGAAGAAUAUCUGAAGUUUUUUGAUUUUACAGGAAUGACACUGGAUCAGAGUCUCAGGUAUUUCUUUAAAGCAUUUUCUCUUGUGGGAGAAACUCAAGAACGAGAGAGAGUUUUAAUACACUUCUCCAAUAGAUACUUUUAUUGUAACCCAGAUACCAUUGCUUCACAAGAUGGAGUUCAUUGUCUCACCUGUGCAAUGAUGCUUCUUAACACAGAUCUCCAUGGCCAUAAUAUUGGAAAGAAGAUGACCUGCCAAGAGUUCAUUGCAAACCUCCAAGGGGUAAAUGAGGGUGGUGAUUUCUCCAAGGAUCUACUGAAAGCUCUGUACAACUCUAUUAAGAAUGAGAAGCUUGAAUGGGCAGUAGAUGAUGAAGAGAAAAAAAAAUCUCCGUCUGAAGGUACUGAUGAGAAGGCUAAUGGAACACAUCCAAAGACCAUCAGUCGUAUUGGGAGCACUACCAACCCAUUCUUAGACAUUCCUCAUGACCCAAAUGCUGCUGUGUACAAAAGUGGAUUCUUGGCUCGGAAGAUCCAUGCAGAUAUGGAUGGAAAGAAGACUCCAAGAGGAAAGCGAGGAUGGAAAACUUUUUAUGCUGUACUAAAGGGAACAGUCCUUUACUUGCAAAAGGAUGAAUAUAAGCCAGAAAAGGCCCUGUCUGAAGAGGAUUUGAAGAACGCUGUGAGCGUCCAUCACGCGCUGGCAUCGAAGGCCACAGACUACGAGAAGAAACCGAAUGUGCUUAAACUCAAAACUGCCGACUGGAGGGUCUUGCUUUUUCAAGCCCAGAGUCCAGAAGAAAUGCAAGGGUGGAUAAACAAAAUUAAUUGUGUUGCAGCUGUAUUUUCUGCCCCACCAUUUCCAGCAGCCAUUGGCUCUCAGAAGAAGUUUAGUCGUCCACUUUUGCCUGCUACCACAACAAAAUUGUCUCAGGAGGAACAGCUGAAAUCUCAUGAAAGCAAGCUGAAGCAGAUUACCACUGAGCUGGCUGAGCACCGCUCAUAUCCCCCAGACAAGAAAGUUAAAGCCAAGGAGAUAGAUGAAUACAGACUGAAAGAUCACUAUCUGGAGUUUGAGAAAACCCGUUAUGAAAUUUAUGUCAGCAUUCUAAAAGAAGGAGGCAAGGAGCUCCUGAGUAACAAUGAAAGUGAGGCUGCAGGACUGAAGAAGUCGCAUUCAAGUCCUUCGCUGAACCCGGAUUCAUCCCCAGUCACAGCCAAGGUCAAGCGUAAUGUGUCAGAGAGGAAAGAUCACCGACCUGAAACACCAAGCAUUAAGCAAAAAGUUACUUAGAAUCCAUCUGUGACCAGGAAGUACUGGUCAUGGAACAAAAUAGAGUUUUUCAAGAUCUUUCUGGUAAACCCGUGAAUAUAUUUUUAAACAGUCUGUGACUAAAUGGUGCAUUAGUAACCUUUUCUAUUAUAUAGUUUUGUUAGUUUCUGUACUGAUUGUCUCUUUGCUCUUAAUUUCUUUGCUUUGAUGAUUUUUUGCUACUUGAUGACUAAUGCACCUUUUUCGUGAAGGGGAGGGGAUCAUGAUUUCAGAAUGAACGGUGUGUCACUUUUCCUUUGGUUUUUUUCUUGUUUGCACUCUGCUCAGUUGUUUUAUGUAUUCUUGAAUCAGCUAUUACAUUUUUUUAAGGUUAAAAAAUUUAAUUCAUUGUGAGACAUUUAACUGGACAAACUUGGUAGUUUAGCAAAUUCUAGCCAGAGUUAAUAUAAGCCUUUAUAUGUGAAAUCUUGCUCAGUCACAGAACUGAAAUUGAGCACUCACAGAAAUUCAGUCAAGAAUUAGUUCUGGGAAUCAAGAUGUUCCACUGUGAUGCAGGUGUGCAUACAUCUUCACGCUUACAGUUGAGUUCUGACCCUGCUGGAAGCAGGGAUAGGAGGUGUGAAGAUCAGAGGACUACAGAACUUUUAAGAAGUGCAUUAGCUUCCUUGAAGUGUUGGUUUCAUUUCAGCCAAAGAAAGGAAGUGAAAUCUUUUGCCAUUGAAGUUUGUGGAAAGCCAACACCAAGUUCAUUUUGUUUCCCAAAAGGUAGUGGCAAUAAUCGACUCUUGGGGAACUGUAGCGGUAGGCGUGUGGUUUGUGUGCAGGAAAUUGUUACCUCACUCCCAGGGUCUAGACUAGGAAUCCAGAAUCAUCUCUAUUGUCAAUACCCUGACAUUCAGGAAUUAGGUUAUUUCAGGCAUGGUGUUAUCUCCUGUUUGUAAAAUAUUGGGGUCUUCCUAACAAAAUAAUGUUGAAAAUGGAACCCCUUUUGUUCUUUUUUUAAUCAAAACAAAGUAAGACAGGAAAAAGUAGCUGCAGUUCAACAAUGCAAUGAAUAAUGAUUCUUUAAAUCUGAAAGUAAUAAAUUGUUUGAAUGAAUUGUGGUUGGAAAACUAAGGAACCUACUGGUUGCAUAUGCAAGGUUACUCACUUUCUUCUUAUCUCAGUCUUUUUGAUAGCCAAUUCACUCUGCUAUUACUGAACUUUCUCCUAAAAAUAAGUACUUUAUUUUAAAUCAUUAUUUUCUACCUUCUCAAAAUAGUUCUAUUAACCUUACAGUAAUGAGUUUGUUCCAGUGAUGGUCCCUUUGCAGUUUAGGAUGAUAAACAGCACAUUCUCUUAUAGAGGAAGAAAAAGUGAAAAAUGAGCCCUCUAUGAGUUAGAACUUUCUGAUUUUGAAACUUGAAAAUUUGUGAUCCUGAAAGCUAUAAUCUCCAUGACUUCAGAACUAAUGGAAUCACUUUGAAUACUCUUUUCCCUCCCAUAUAUAUUUGCUCUAGUUCUACCCAGUUUAUUAGUUAAAGGUACUAUGACCAAAGAAUCAGGGACUCUGCAAGAAUAUCAUGGUUCUGGUGAAUUAGAGAAAACCUGCUGUUAAACCAUGGUGGUUUCUAGUGGCAUACUGCUCUGAUGUAUCAGCAGUUAAUCACAAGAUUUAUUUAUUAACAUUUAUUUCCUUUACCUAUAUAAAUGCCCAUAUUUGGUAGUGCCCAGAAAAGAGAAACCCCAUGCUAUGGUUGUAGCUGCUUGUUUUGUGAUAAGUAUUUUGCCACAUCUUUAAAAAUUCACUCUAACCCUCUGUCUUGUUUACAUAAAGGCAAUGACUAAAUUUAUGUUUCAAAAGCAUAAAACAAACAAGGUAGUUACCAAUAUGGCCCUGUGUACCUGAUUCAUUUUUGUAGCUUCCGACCAAAUCCAAGAUUUCCAUGAGGGAAUCAUCUUUCUUCCUUGAAUCUGAAUAAUUAGCCUGUUUGUUUUCUGCCUAGAUAUUCACGCCAAGCAGAGAGAAAUACCUAGACUAUAUAAUCUCUGAGCUUCAAUAACUGAAGAAAAAUAAACAUCCCUGAUGGGCUUGAAUGUGUUUGUCCACAGUGUGACUGUGUCUGUGUAUAUAGAAUGUCUGUGUAUUUUACUUACAGUAUAUAAUAGACAUGAAAUGGUACCUUGCUGCAGUGUUUCUGACAUUUAGAAUAGUUCUGAAAUGCUCAGUUAGCGUCAGCACCACUGCAGCAUUAUUCCUAUUAUAUGACUCACUAAUGCUAGCUACAGGAACUUCUGUAUAUGCUAAUGGAUAAAUGGAUGAGAAGGACACUUUGAAGCUGCCGUAUACUAUGUUUGCAUAGUUUCUCUUUAAAAACGACUGCAAAAGGUUUUUUUGUGAGCCAGGAUCCCAGAUUGCCCUGGCAUGAUGUUGACCACCUGCAGGGGAUGGUUGAGAAUACCUCUGCCCUAUCUGUUGUCAAUGCACCUAUUAGGCCAAGAGUUUAUCCAAUAGGAGGAAAUGGCCCUUGAUUUGACUAGAUUCUGAGUCUUGCCUAUAGCCAACCACAUUUUUCUUUGUGGUAAUUUCUUUCCUGUGGUGUCUAGUCAGAAGAAAUUGAAGACAUUUCCUUUCAUGGCAAUUCCAAGCCUGCUGCCUAGUUCACAGUAGAGGGGACCUCUCCUCCUCCUUUCCUCCUGAAGGUACUCCCCCUCUUCCCAUCCCCACUCCUCACCCAUACCUCAGCACCAGGAGCCUUGGGAUUUCUCUCCAUAUGAUAAAUCAUUAUUCUCCUUUACAUAAAUCACUUAAUAUUAUUUUUUGUACAGAAAAUCUUGAUAGCCAUCAAAACACCUUGGUGACAGUCUUGUUGCAAAAUUGACCAUAGAAGUGGCCCAUGUAUAAAAUCUUUGAGUGUUUUGGGGGUUUGUUCCCCCACCUCGCAUGUUGACUUUUACAAGAAUUGUCAGAAUUCCAUUGUUAGCAAUCAAACUUAAUCACUAGCAUGCAGAGUCGUCAUUUUAUUGCCAGGCUACAGCCAUUGUUUGAAGUGCGCUUUUAAGAAACAUUUUGAAAACUCUUAGCAAUGCCUAAUUAAACCAAGCAAUACUUCCAUGUAUUUUAAUUAAUCAUAAGUAAAACCAAUAUGUAGGAGGAGUCCUCUGGUGGAACUAUAGUUGCUAUUGAUCUUAGGUAAAAAAAGGUAGAAAGCAAUUGUGCAAGACCCUCUAGACUUCUCUGUUAUCCUAAUUCAGAAAAUGAGGACUGUGUCUAGUCAGGAGUAAUAUGAGGGGAUUAAUUUAGAAGAGCAAAAGUGGCUGGCUUUCCAGGGCCAAGCUAGAGGUCAUCUCUUGAGUUUGUAUUUCACCCUGUGGCCAAACCACAGAGCUCCUGAGGCUGCAGAAGAAUUUAUAUAACCAGCAGCGAAGGACAGUUCUCUGCUGGCCCUGACCUGCUACUCCUUCUGAUGUAAAAGAGCUUGAAAAGCUGUGCUCAGGUAAGGCAGGGCCUGAUUGGGUAUGAGCUUUUUUUUUUUUUUAAGAUUUUAUUUUUUUUUUAUUUAUUCGACAGAGAUAGAGACAGCCAGUGAGAGAGGGAACACAAGCAGGGGGAGUGGGAGAGGAAGAAGCAGGCUCAUAGCGGAGGAGCCUGAUGUGGGGCUCGAUCCCAUAACGCCGGGAUCACGCCCUGAGCCGAAGGCAGACGCUUCACCGCUGUGCCACCCAGGCGCCCCCAGUUAGGCUUUUUUAAGCCUGAAUUCACAGGGAGUUCUGGGGCCUUGUAGGCCAAAUUUGUGUACCUUCACUCUUAGGGACCUGGUCAAGUUUUCCGCACAUUGAUAGCUACCUUCCUUAAUUUCAGCAGCCAACAAUCUCUUCACUUUUCAAAUGACAGUUUUUUCCAAUUGUAAUGUUAACACUGUUAAACAAAGAACCAAAGUAGCAUCGUAGGACUUGUUAAAAGUACAGUUUAGUUCAUGAAUAAUAGUGUGACUUUGGGUUUAAAUAGCAUCUGCUUUCCUUAGCAUCUAAGUUACUCUGACAAAAAAAGAUCAGUCAUUUUUGUAGGCAGGUGAGUCUCUGGGUCUACUUUGCUCCAAAGGUUUCUAGCUGUCUCUUCGGCCAGGCCAGGCCACCAGUAUGCCUCGGGUCAACAGUUACUUCCAUCAGCCUUUUGACAUCCUAUACUAUCAAGUUACCUAGAGGACUUGACAGGUCAGUAGUUCACCACAAAAUAAUCCCAACAAGUGAUAGGGAGGUGCUUUGUCAUUGCUUCUCCUCUCAGAUUCCUUUUCAAUGUCUCACCGUUAAAAGGGGGACUAAAGUCCAAAGCCAUUGCCAUUCUCCUUUUGUACCUACAGUAUCCAAAACCCAAGUGGGCAGCAUUCAGCUUAGGAUAAUAACACCCAUUGCAUGCAAAGAGAAUAUCUUCAUAGAGAGAAUGUCAGUAAAUACUUGAAUCUGCAUGAUAGUUUGUUGACUUGAAUCCAACAGCAAGAACAUAUUGCAAGUUAAAUAAUUGUAUAUACAAUUUCCUUAAAUCUCCCUGGCUCAUUCUUUGUAAUUUAUGUGUGUAUCUGUAGUAUUGCAGGCUUUUGGAGAAUAUUCAUAUAGAUAGUAUGUCAGGCAUCAAAGAAAAUGCUUUCUGUCACCUGCCAAUGUUGUAUUGUGGCUAUUUAUAGUUGUAUGUAUGUAUGUAUAUGUAUCAAUGUGUAGACUGUUAUCAGUAUAUGGUAUAUGUAUAUCAAAUUUAUUUUUAUCUUUAAUAACAGUGUGAUAUGAAAAGCAAGUAAAAACCUCAUAGGAUUGAUUAUAUAAUACAGCUAUUGAGAGUAUAUAUAGUGGUACUGUUUUAUUAAACUUAAAUUAAAAUGAUAUUUUGAUUAGAUUUUUAAUAAGAUUUUAUGUUAGAAAAUUCCAUCUUUGAUCUUUGAAUCACCAGGGCAAAAAUGACUCUGAACUAACUUUGUGAAACUAUUUCAGUGUACUGUGUACAAUACUUAAAGGGAUAGCUCAUUAUAAUUUGAUAUAUUCAGAAAGAAAAAAAAAAAAAACAGGCAUCCUAUGCAGUCUUAACAGCUUCAGUAUUCUGAGCACUUAACCAUAAACUCAAACAGACGAUUUUGGGCUUAUUACAAAAUGUGAUGCUUUAAAGCACACAUUCUUUAUUGUUGUAAUUAGUUCAGAAAAAUAGAGCUUUCAGAAGAAUUAAAUAAGUGCCCACCAUAUCAUUUUUGUGCCUGUGUCUAUUUCACAGUAGAUCAAACCAGUCUUCCGGCACCACCUUACCCUCUCUACUUUAAAGAAAUGUUACAACGUUAAAGUGUAUCAGGGCUUCCCAAGGUCAGGUACUAUAUUCUAGGUUUGCAGUUGUACAAAUUAGCAUCUAGUGUCACAAGUAAAAGAAUUUUAGGGCAGGCUAUGGACCAGGUUAAAACUUUAAUAUUUUUAUACUUAGGUCUCUUCCUGCCUCUCCCCAAAGAAGAGCCACUGGCCUUAGUUGUUUGAGCUUACUGCUUAUCUUACAGUAUGUAAAUAGAUAAUUAGAGAUUAAAUGUAUAUUAACCAGCAUGUUUGGUGUAUUUAAAACAGCAACUGAGUAUGUUUGAGUGAGUGGUCGAGUGCAGAAUAUUUUUAAACAUACUGUCUCCUAUUCUUUGUAUCUGAUUCAGAGAAUUGGAGUUGUGGGGUGGGAGACUAAUCUUCGGCUCCAGUCUGCAGUAGUGUGUUGGUAGUUACGUUGGAGUUUUUUUAAUUAAUUCUACAGUCUCAAACUAUUUUUGCAAAUAUAUCAUAUUUCCUAAUCUGUUCUAGACGUGCAGUGAACUGGCCCUGUGACUGAUCAGCAGGGUCUUUGUUCUGCAAGAGUAUGUUUCUUUCUAAAAAUUAUAGUGAUUUGCAAAAGCAUCCAUUUGAUUCAGAUAGUAUAUACAAAAGGAGUAGAAAAAAUAAAGUUUCAUUUUGGGCCUUAAUCAUUUGAAAUGUUUGGACUUUUAAUAUAAAGCCAUGUAGGUUAUAAAGCCAAGUAACCAUUUGGCGUGGAUAAUAAUAUCCACUGUAUAGAGAGUAUAUAUGCACAUUGAUUUUUAAUACCAUUAGGGUACUUUUUUAAGCUAUAAGAAUGAGACUAAUUAGACCAAACUGAAGUCAGGGGGCUUGCCAGGGGAAGUGUGUGAGCUGGUUGCCUUCCAUUUAAGGUGGACGUACAUGUGGUCAGUCCUCUGCUCCUAAGAGAUUCAGAACCAGUUUACUGUCCCCGUAGGUGUGUAAGGGCAAAGUCUUACACAUCUUGGCCUCUCACAUGUGUACAUACACUUGCACACGUGUACACGUAGUGAAUGUUUUAAGUUAUACAAACUUAAAACACAAAGGGCCAGAGUAUAGAAGAGGUGAUGAAUGAAGGGAGUGGAAACUGCAUCACAGGAAUGUUUUCUAAGGGCUAGGGGGGAGUUUGAGCUCUAGUGUCUGACUCAGAGAAGCAUUGGAUUUUUAACAAAUAUGCGAGGGUGUACCUAUCACAUCCACCAAAUUGAAGGCUUUCUUAUAAUUCACAAGCAGCAGGUCUCCAACACCCAGCAGGAGCAUGGGGACAUUCCAGAAGGCUGAUGUUCACUAUUUUCAGGGUGGCAUUUCUGCUUGCCCUGGAGAUCAUUCCUUUGAGAAAGGAACGUAAAUGGAGAAGAAACAAGAAAGCACUUACCAUAGAAGCCUUGAUAUGAGUUGUACACACUCCCUUUGGAGCUGUACUGGUGAGAAAGGUCAGACUGAAGUAUGCUGAACAGUUAAGCAAUGACAGUGAAGAUGGAGAUGAAAAGAAACCUAGCUAAAAUAUAUUUCCCUUUGCAGGGUUAAUAGUGUUAUGAAAAGCACCUCAGUUCAAUUCCUGAAAAUGUUGGUUAGUGGAGAGAAAUUUGGGGUUUCACUUACCAUUUCCCCGUGAGCUUGCAUAGAUAAGACUUCAGCCGCUCCCAGGAGAGUCCUACUCAGCAAGCUCAGUUAAAGACAGUACUGUAGGUCUGAGGCUCCUUGCUCUGACCCCUGAGUACUAGGGCGCUACAGAGGGUGCUAACGUAUCCUCUCUGCAGAGAGGAGCUUCUCUUCUGGCCUCACACUCCACUAGGGCUUCUCCUGAGCAGCAAGUACCUCCUGGAUUUCAGUGCUACUUCCCCGGCUUUAGGAAUCCAGCCGUUCUAACAGGUUGACCCUGCUGAGGAAAGAUAUCAACUCAGAGUUACUGAGCCACUGGGGGUGACACACGACAAAGCUAUUUUAAAAAUUAUCUGACUGAAGCCAAGACCGUAUAUUUUGCCUUUGCAAGAAACAAGCUGGCACAUUGAGCUCUAACCAGGGACAGAUGAUAUCUUUGCCUUUGCACCCAGAUUUCGGGAAAUGGUUAAUGUUUCAAUUCUGUGGGAAGGGUCAAGAAACACUAAGCUUAUUGCUUCGCAUUUCUGCUCAGUUCAGAUGAGAGCUGUUGGGUAAAGGCCUAAACGCCUCCCUGCAUUCUCUUGUACCUCAGGUUUUAGGAGCCCAUUUCUAGAACAGAGAUUUAUGUGAGUGGAGAACCGAUACUGUCAGCCCUGAUUACUGUAGCAUGGGUAGAAGGGUGGUAGUAUGUAUCCUUCAGUACAGAACAAGCUUCUAACUUCUCCAGCCUAGUAACUGGGUUCUAUUUACUGUGACUCAAACUAAUUGGCAGUGUGGAACAUUCCUUUACCUUCAGAGUUUUCUCCACCAAUCAUUGCAGUUUCAUUGCAGUCCUGGUGCCAUAUCUCCCUGCAAAUUGUGAAAGUAAUUAGUGACAAAGUAGCAGCCUCCUCCUUUUCAGUGGCCAAACUGUCAGCAUUAGCAGACUUGGGUCAGCUAGUGGGACUGAAUUACGUACUGGAAACCUGUUCCUCAUUAUCACCCACCAGAUUGAAGGAAUGCCAUCUCCUAGAAAAUUAUGGCAUUUAUGGUGGUCAUCUUUUUAAUGGAACAGUAAUUUAUGUGGAUAUUGUUAAAGUGUUUAGAGAAUAUUUUGAAAAUUAAGUUUACAUUUUACAAUUGCUUUAUUUUUUAUUAAAAUAGUUGUAUAUAAAUAUUACCCAUUUCACUGUUGUUGAAGUAAACCUAAACCAUGUAGACAAGUCACCUGAUAUGUAUAGAAGCUGUGACAUAUAUAUAGUACUUUUCUCUAUUGUGUAAAUGUUUAUGAAUAUAACUGUUCCUGUGUUUUUAUAAGUUGGGGAUAAUUUGUUGUUUUACAACAGCAAAAUCUAUUGGAUUUAAGUGGUUUUUAUGUAAUAGAAAUCAUGCAAAAUAGUGAAGGAUUUAAAAUAUGUAUAUGAUAUAUGUAAAUGUACAAACUUUAGAAAGAAAUAAAUUAACAAAUUUCAAUCAUUUAGGGGAAUAUUUUUAUUUGCUUAUUUAUGCAACUGUAUAACACCUUUAAAAAUCAAAACAACACAAUACAUUCCCUUGCAUUAAAAAGAUACCCUCAAGCCCCACAGUGAGAGAUUUGGCCAGGGUAAUUGAUUAAGGUGUUCGAAGGUCAAAUCGUUAGCUCUUACUCACUUCCGUUAACUUCUGUAAAAACUUGUGUUUGCACAAAGAUGUUUAUGAAACUUAGGAGGCCUACUGUCUUCAUCAGGAGACUUUGAGCCGCGAAAGAACAAAAGUUUUGAAGUAAUCUCAAAACUUAAUUUACAUUCCCAUACUCCUAACACUUUUUAUCAAGGUAAAGGGACUGAAAAGUUAAUUAUUGCCCUAAAAUGCAAAAGCUGAUCACUGCUUUAUGGUGCCUAGUGUAUACAUAUGUGUUCUCAUAACUAAAUGUUAAAAAAAAAAUCUGUUAAUUUGGAAAAUGAAAAAAUAAAA